AUGCCACUCUAUGCCAAGUUCCUAAAAGAGGUCAUGACUAAGAAAAGAAACUGGGGAGAAAAGGAAAUCGUGGUGCUCACAGAGGAAUGUAGUGCCAUUAUACAAAAGAAGCUUCCCCAGAAGAUGAAGGAUCUAGGGAGCUUUCAAAUCCCCUGCACCAUAGGGGGUAUUAGCAUUGAAAAAGAAUUAUGUGAUUUGGGAGCUAGCAUCAACCUUAUGUCCUUGGCCAUGAUGAAGAGAAUGAGAAUUGAAGAAGCCAAACCAACAAGAAUGGCACUUCAACUAGCUUAUAGGACAUUCAAGUUUUCCCAUGGAGUGGUGGAAGACUUGUUAGUUAAGGUGGGAGAGUUCAUUUUCCCAUCUAUUUUUGUGGUGCUUAACAUGGUGGAAGAGUCUAAUGCACUAAUCAUACAAGGGAGACCAUUCUUGGCAACAGCUGGGGCUAUAAUUGAUGUGUAA